AUGACGAGCGACGGCGGCCACGAGGCCGACGACGAGGCCGACGAGGACGUCCAGAGCCCCGGCGACGACGGAGCCACCACGGACGACGACUCGGAGCGCUGCCAGGACUGCGGCCACCGGCGGCCCCUCGAGAUCUCCUACACGAUCGAGGACCUCGACACGCUGGACCAGCGCCAGCGCCAACUGCGCCAGUCCCAGAGCAGCGGCGGCCUCGAGGUCAGCAGCGACGGUCGGCGCUGCCGGAGCUUCCUGUCGCCGGACGACGCCCUGCGGGAUCUGCGCAAGCACGCCAGCCAGGGCGCCGAGAUCCGCUGGGAGCUGCACAGCUCGCGCAGCGACGUGGGCCAGGCGACGACCACCAGCACCACCUGCGGCUGCCACCGUAGCCAGAGCACCCUGACGCCGAGGAGCCAUCCCCAGCGGGGCGAUCUGCGCAAGCAUCACAGCGCCGAGAAGGACAAGUGGUCGCUCAAGCCCGAGUCGGAGCACGAUCUGCGCAAGCACCUGAGCGACGACUGCCGCAUGGCCGGAAGCAGCCGCGAGCCCCGCUGGACCGAGCACCUGCAGGUGCCCGAGGUGCACGCCAAUCCGCGCCAGCGCUGCACCUGCGCCAAGCGCCUGGGGCCCGUCUCGUUGUCGCCCUCGCCGAGCGACGAAACGCCCGAGGACAGCCGCAGACCUUCGCUGAGAGCCUCGAGGUCCCUGUCACCGGAGGACUUGCCGCAACAGCAACAGUUGCUGCAGAAACGGCCGAGCGCCACCGACUCGCGAUCGUUGACACCGGUGCCGCAAUCCGAGCAGCAGGCCAGGACCCCGUCGCCGCAGCCACAGCCCGAGGCUCAAAAGGCCAACAGCAAGGCCAGCAAGAAGGACAAGGCCCGAAUGGCCGAGGAGCGUAAAGCCAUGCGAUCCAAGUGGGCCGUCAAGCCGCACUUCUCGCUGCCGUCCGAGCCCAAGGGCCACAAGCUCUGGAGCGACAAGGACCCCAAGAGCAAGAGCUUGAAGGAGCGGCCCAAGUACAGCGUGCGCCGCAGCCUCUCGCCGGAUCCCGACCCGCGCCAGGUCUAUCGCCUCGACAAUCGACUGGUGCGCAAGCUCAUCUCGCCCGAGGUCAGCCUCGUCGACGCCAAGUGGGCUCCGUACGAGGGCCACUCGCCGCUGCCCAACGUCGGCAUGCGACGACGCGACACCAAGAAAGUCGUCCACGAGAUCCAGUGGCAGCCCUACGAGUCGCCCAUUCACAUCGGCAAGAGCGCCAACGCGGCUGCUCCGGCUGCGGAGAGCUCGGAGGGCCCGCUGGCUUACAGCACCCUCGAGAAGCAGGUGAGCAUCUACGGGGCCGAGGAUCCACCCAAGCCCGGCGACGAGUUCAGCAGCGUCACCCCGACGCACCUGCCGCCUCCGAUAGCCACUCCGCAGCACGGCGUCAGCAGCGGCACCGACGACGACGACGAGGCCUUCCGCAUGCGCAUGCUCAAUCAGGUCUCGGCCUUUCCCAUGUAUCAGGGCGCCUGGCGCGAGGAGACGCCGCCGCCGAGUCCACCCGCCCCGGAUCUGUCGACGCCCGUCUGGGCGCCCAAACCGCCGACUCCGCCGCCGGUGCGCAAGCAGCAGUCCGUGCGGGCGGUGACGCCCUCGCCGCCGCCCGAGAAGCGAUCGACCUUCAAGCUUCGCUCGACCAGCAGCAAGAAGAAGGCGGCCAUGCGAGCCAAGUCGCAGGAGAGCACGCGACAGGACAAGCGACGCUCCACCGUCAAGCACUCGACGCGUCGCGGUGAUCCUCGACUCGACGACCAGGACAUCUAUCAGCAACAGCAGCAGCAGCAGAAUCAACGUCGCAGACCACAACUUCUGCGCUCGAAAGCUCUGCUGCUCGAGGCACCGACCAUGGAGGCGAGCAAGCGAUCGCUCAGCGAGGAGGUCCGGCCCAAGAGGCGCACCGAGUCCAGCGUCAAGCGGGGCCUUUACUUCCGGGCCAAGAGCGAGGACGCGGCGCGCUACAAUCCUUGGCUCAGCGGCGACGAGGACGACUACGAAUACGACGAGGGGGUCGACCUCGAGGCCGAGCUACGCGAGUACGUCACGACGGUCUGA